AUGCAAUCCAUCACCUUCCUCACUGCCCUCGCGGCUUUCUUCAGCGCAACCUCCGCCGUCGCCGUCCCUGCAGCAGACAUAUCCGAAGCCGCAAAGAACACCCUCGAAGACCGCCAGUACGGCGCCUGCAGCCAAUGGUCCUCCUCCACCCAACUCGUCGGCAACGGCGACCCCCACCAGAACUACCUCCACAAGCAACUCUCCCAAACCAUCACCUGCGACCAAGAAAACGGCUGCAGCACCGGCCAAACCGAGACACGCUCCUACACCAUCGGCUUCUCAAUCACGGGCUCCCCAGCCGAGUGGAUCAGCGGCGGCUUCGACGUCAGCACAUCCUGGACCACGGGCAACUCGUACACCUGCAACGGCGGGCCCGGCGACACCGUCUGUGUGUUCCAGAAGAUUGCCCACACGGCCUACACGGUGCAGAACGGGGCGUAUAACUCGUGCACUGGCUUCAGUCCAUCAGGGGGCACUUCGAUUAUUAAGAGCCCCAACAACAAUAACUCCGGUGGUGGGUACUAUUGUGUUGUUGGCACGUGCCGUAACCAGGGUGAUGAGUACUGGGAGGAGUAG